UUUACCAGAGGACGAGAUAGGCCAUUGUGGGCCUACGAAGAAACUGGGCUAGUGGGCUAGAAAGUAGCCAGUUCUUGUUUCGUUUCGUUAACGGUUAACCUAGCACUAGCAGACCUACAUACUCGAGCGAGGUCGGGCGGCGGCGGCGGCGGCGGCGGCGAUGAGGGCGGUGGGCGAGGUGGUGUCCUCGAAGCCGGUGACCCUGGGCAAGGCGGCGCCGGUGUUCACCCUCUUCGCCGCCUCCGCGGCGUCAGGACUACCCGCUGAAGCCGGCGCAUUGGUGCUCUCCGCAGCCGAGGCCGCCGCCGAGCUCCACGCCUUCCGCCGCAACGCAGGGGCCGGAGAGAGCUCGGAGAAGCGGCGCAAGAAGCGGAAGAGGAGUGACACCGGGGUGUAGCCGUUGUUGUUCGAGUUGUACUUAGCGGGAGAUGUAAACACCUUGACCGUGUGCCUGUGGUGUUUUCUUGUUGUGGCCGUGUGCCAUGCUGUUCUUUCGCCUGAAACUCUGUUUAGCCAAUGAAAUCGCCUGAAAAUUUCUUGCUUGCGGUCA